AUGCCCCCCAAAAGAGUCCCCAAGGGCCGCCCUCGAUGGGCUGUUGACGAAGGUUAUACUCCUAGACGGACUCGUUCAGAGGCCGAUCGCCCAAAUCCGCGGGCAUUAUGGCCUCAGCUAACUGAUAGGGAAGAGGCUUACGACGAUCAAGGUAACCUCGUUUUGGCGAGGCCGCUGCGCGGGGGUCAACGGGCACGGCAAGCGCAGCCGGCGGCGCCUCCUCAACCUGUAGUUGGACCUCAUGACGCACCUGAUGAUGAACCUGAUGAGGCACCUGCUGGUGCUCCUGGUCUUCCAUCAGGCUCGUUGCCACGAAACACCCGUCCCACACGAACUCCCCUUCCAACUGGAAAACCGAAAUCGUCCAAGUCGUCGACGUCGACAACCUUGACAGCACCGCCCGGAGGAAUUGAAGGUGGCACUGAUGGGGGUGAUUCAGACUCCCCUGUCGACCUCAUAGGGGACGGGUCCGAUGGUGAUUCGUCUGGUGACGACAAUCACGACAAAGGUUCGAAGGGGGCACGAAAGGGAAAACCCCCCCGGGUGAGCGCGGCAAAAAUUGGUAACGAUGGUGGCGACCCAGACUCUCCCGUUGACCCUCCUGGGAACGUGCUCGAUGGUGGUUCAUCUGGCGACGAGAGUCGUGGCAAAGGACCAAAGAUGAGGGCGCGAAAGCGGAAAAACUCCAAAGUUAGCAAGGCAGACACCGGCUCCGAUCCUGGAACAGGUUCUGACUCUGGAGAAGAGCCGGAAGGUAGCGCUCCUCGGGACGGCAGUACGGAGCAGACUGGCAACCCUCAGAGAGGCGAACGCACUGGCACAGAAGGCCAACAGCCUGUCGGCCAAGGCACAAGCCGUGAAGGCUCACUGUCCCGGGAUCCAACUCCCGAAUCGGCUGGAGGAGCUUCCGGGUACGACACCACUCCUUUCAAAAAACGUACGAGAAAGAAGCCAGAGAAUGACGAGGAGCCGGGUCAAAGAGCAAGCAAAGAGCCGUUGCAUGGUGGACCCGAACAACGAGGCGAAGAGCCUCGACAAGAAGAAGAUGAAGACCCUGAGCAGAGAGAAAGCGGGGAGCGAAGUCCAAGUCAGUCCACUGUGGUUUACACAGAUAGCGAUGAAGAAACCGAAUAUCUGGUUUACGAAGGGCAUGAUGAUCCAAACCAGACCGUUGACCAGGGAGAUGACACUUUCAACAUGACGCAAUACCCAGAUUCCAUUGUCGAAGGUGACGACAGGAGCGAAGAAUUCAACGGAAGCGGAGAGGGUGAUGGUGACAAUGGGUAUCAUGGUGAAAGUGGUUACGGCGGAGGCGGUUAUGGCGGGAGUGAUGAUGGCGACGGAAGUGGUUAUGGGGACAGUGGUGAUGGUUACGAUGAGUACGGCAGCGAGAACAACGACUACUCGGAAUUCGAUCCCGACGAUACCGAGGGUUUCCCUGAAAUGGGCCGCGGACCAGACAGCGAGUCCGGUUCUUCGAGGCACUCAUCGCCGAGUGGUGUCUCGCCGGGAGCUUUCCAUCGGAAUAAUCGGUCACCCAGCCACUCUCCAGGCCCGGCUGCCAGUGGACAACAGCAGCAGUCAUCUACCUUGAGCGGUGGGCAAAGCUCGACAGCCCAGGGCUAUAAAACGGCACAGUCCGGGGACUCUUCUGGUGGCAAGAAGGGCUCGGCGACGGGACGUGGAAACGGCCCAGCUGCCACUAAGACGAAGAACGCCAUUGGGAAGAGGAGCAGGGCUGAAGAUCUUUACCCAGACACAGCAGCUAGGCCACAGAAGCGACAAAAGGAGGACUUGGGUAAGGUUGCCACGCUGAUGAAGAAACGCGAAUUUGGCCGGACUGGAUCGAGUAGGAAAGUCUCUGGCGCACAAAGCUCCCGAGAGUCACCGCCUCAGACUUCCGAAAAGCGGGCAUCAGUUAAGAGAUCAAGCAACUUGCUUGGCGAGGCAGGAUUGAAGCCUGCGAAGAAGACGAGACGGAAAUAG